AUGUCUCCAACAGGUAACAAGAUUCCCACUAACUCCUCCACCCCAGGAAAACCACAUCCAAGCCACUACUACAAGAAAGCCAGCACCAGCCGGUGGCAACUACAGCCCCUGUUUCAGUCAUUCCUGGAGGCCAGACCGGCCGAUACCAUGCAUGCCGUCCAACAACGACGCCUACUCGUUUCCUGGGACCUCAAAGCCAUCCAUUACCUGCGGAGAUGUUUGAGGACAUGGAUUCAGGAUCGGGUCCCAGGCGACGCAAUCGGUGCUUUCCUCGUGAUUGUCUUGUACGAACAAGACUUUCAUCUGGAUUACCGACUGACCAUGAUGGUGAGGGACGGACAAAGCCAGCUGCACAUCGCUCGUCGUAUAUUAGCAUUCUAUCAAAUCCGAGACGAAACAGGCGCUCCAAUCUGGGAUAAUGUUACCGUCUAUGCCGAAGACGCUCACCCGAAACCACAAGACCAGGGUAAGGGUGUUUCUGGACUUUCCAAUGCUAUGAAGGAGCUUCCAUCUCGUCCACCUACACCACCGCCUGCUGAUGCGCGAUGGCCCCUCUUCAUCGGUGCCCUCAGCGACCCGGAGGUUGAAGACCUCAUGGAAAAGUUAGAAGACGAUCAACAUGCAGAGGAUUUGCCUCCCUUGUUCACCGGUGUGCGUGAGGAAGAUAUUCCUAUCAUCCAGGCGUUUCGGAGAUUCAAUCUUCAUAAGAAUGAUUUCCUAGAGGACAUUCCUGUGUCUGAGUCUGGGACCGAUCAAAAUAAAUAUACGAAUAAGACUAAUAGACUACAGGAUAAACCCCUCCCUCCCAUUCCCGUGAAGCCUCUCCCAGUCCUACCCAUUGAUAAUAUUAUUGCCCAUGACUCCCUCCUUCCCCUCCCGGCUCUUUCAGGACUAUCAAGCUCGAACUCAUCUGUGCGUGUGUCGAUAUUCAAAUCAGAAAAGAAGCUUAAGAUUAGAUGGGUAGAUCAUAUACCAAGCAAACAUGCUAAUAUUGAACAGACGAAGGGUACGACUGAUUGUUCAUCUGCAGCGUCUCGCUUGAAGCCAUCGCCUCCCGUUUACGUCAACCUGCUUCCUAUUGAUCCCUCAGGUGUUGCUUAUAUUCCCUGUCGUCUAUAUUAUAGUGCUCCCCCGCCCCCUCCUAAGCUUAAGAAGAAGGCGGGAGUUGAAGACUUGCGAAAGGGUGGAGAGCGUGGUGGUUGA